UCAAAGAGGAACCAGGAGUACAGGAGGAACAUGAAAGCGGACAAGGAGCAUGACCACUGAAGCACAGCACCGCAGGGAGACGUUUAAACCUCUGGAUGACUGCGGGCAGGCCCGGAUAAUAUCCAGCCUUCCACAUGGAGCUGGUGGAGCAGUGUUCCCUGACUCCUCCAAGGAAAGGAGACUCCCUUUCACAGUCUGCUGAGUAACGGGGGUUCUUCCCAGACACUGGCCUUACCGCUUGAUCAAGGAGCCCUCAAGCAGCUCUUAUGCCGGCGUGACAGAAGGCUCACUUCUUGCCUUCUAGGUCACUUCUCACAAUGUCCCUUCAGCACCUGACCCUAUGCCCGCCGGUUAUUUCUUGGUUAUAUUAAUAAUACAACAAAGAGUAAUGGAGUGCUCUGUCUGCUGAAGAUCCAGCCGAAGGAGGACGCAGGCACUCAGGCCACCUGAGCAGCGAUCUGUGAAUCUGCUCACCUGGACAGCCGGAAUCUGGCACCGAUUCUAAACCACUAGCUUCUCCAAGCUCACACCCCGGAGAUCACCUGAGGACCUGAGCCAUUGAUGGACUCGGACGAGACCGGGUUCGAGCACUCAGGACUGUGGGUUCCUGUGCUGGCUGGUCUUCUGCUGGGAGCCUGCCAGGCACACCCCAUCCCUGACUCCAGUCCUCUCCUGCAAUUCGGGGGCCAAGUCCGGCAACGGUACCUCUACACAGAUGAUGCCCAGCAGACAGAAGCCCACCUGGAGAUCAGGGAGGAUGGGACAGUGGGGGGCGCUGCUCACCAGAGCCCCGAAAGUCUCCUGCAGCUGAAAGCCUUGAAGCCAGGAGUUAUUCAAAUCUUGGGAGUCAAGACAUCCAGAUUCCUGUGCCAGAAGCCAGAUGGGGCCCUGUAUGGAUCGCUCCACUUUGACCCUGAGGCCUGCAGCUUCCGGGAGCUGCUUCUUGAGAACGGAUACAAUGUUUACCAGUCCGAGGCCCACGGCCUCCCACUGCACCUGCCGGGAAACAAGUCCCCACACCGGGACCCUGCAUCCCGAGGACCAGCUCGCUUCCUGCCACUACCAGGCCUGCCCCCCGCACCCCCAGAGCCGCCAGGAAUCCUCGCCCCCCAGCCCCCCGAUGUGGGCUCCUCGGACCCUCUGAGCAUGGUGGGACCUUCCCAGGCCCGAAGCCCCAGCUACGCUUCCUGAAGCCAAAGGCUGUUUACUAUGACAUCUCCUCUUUAUUUAUUAGGUUAUUUAUCUUAUUUAUAUUUUUAUUUUUCUUACUUGAGAUAAUAAAGAGUUUGAGAGGAG